ACAUAUGUAAGGUCCAGUAUAGUUUAAUAAACCAGCGGGCGAGGUCUUCUCUUUUCUCUCCAUCUCUCAGCCUCUCUCUUUCUCUCUCCCUCUUACUCUCCCAUCCACUUCUCGACUCUCUCUCUCUCUCUCUCUUCUUUCUCUGUGCAGGAGUGAAUCUACGCAUGGCCUGGUAACCUUACAAAACUAUCAUGUGGAUGGUUGUGUAAGUCGGUUAUAUUUUUUAAAGCGCCGACAGAAGUGACUUAGUUCUAUAGUAGACAUAGUGCAUACAUUUAGAUAGAUUCUCCAGUGCGGAAAUAUUUGUGAUACUUUAAAUAUUCGUCUGUGGUUUUAUUAUCUGCCCCUCGAUAUUUAAAUACUGCUCUGGGAAGCAAGAUAAACGUGACAUAGUACGCCAUAGGUUAAAGGCGUUUCCACCAUCAUGGUGUCUGUCUGGCUGAGCAAGCUCAAGUUCCCAUUGACCAUUGCGAUACUUCAGGUCUUGUUCAUCAUCCUGUAUGCCGUCUUCAUCGACUAUGACGCCACUGCCAGUCCUCCCAAGACCUUGGUCAACUCCACGCAGGAGGAGUCAGGGGCGGCGAUGGUGCACAAGUACUAUGCAAUGUUUCAGGAUGUCCACGUCAUGAUGUUCAUUGGCUUCGGCUUCCUGAUGAUGUUUCUUCGUCGCUAUGGUUUCAGCAGCGUCGGGCUGAAUAUGCUGAUAGCGGCGCUGUGCAUUCAAUGGUCAACUCUGAUUGGUGGAAUUAUCCAUCACCAUGGCGACACAUUCACAGUCAGCAUAACAACAAUGUUGACCUCUGACUUUGCGUCAGCAAGUAUAUUGAUCACAUUUGGCGCGCUUUUGGGUAAGACCAGCCCAUUACAGAUGGUUUUCGUGACUAUGUUUGGGAUCGUCCUGUUCGCUGCGAAUGAAUACAUCGGACUUGUUGUGUUGCAGGCGGUGGAUGUUGGUGGCUCAAUGUUCGUCCACGCGUUUGGGGCAUACUUUGGCUUGACCAUCUCUCGAGUGCUGUACAACGCAGAAGUAGAGCAGUCCAAGAAAGAGAACUCUGUCUAUCACUCGGAUAUGUUUGCAGUCGUUGGCACCAUCUUCCUGUGGCUGUUCUGGCCGAGCUUCAACAGCGCCCUGGCAGUGGAAGACGCCCAGCACAGGGCAGUUCUCAACACUUAUUACGCCUUGGCGGCUUGUUGUUUGGUCACAUUCGCCAUCUCCAGCCUUGUGGACAAAGACGGCAAAUUUGACAUGGUUCACAUUCAGAAUGCGACACUAGCAGGUGGGGUGGCGGUGGGCACCAGCGCUGAUAUGAUGAUACGCCCUUACGGUGCUCUUAUUAUCGGCUCGGUGGCUGCUGUGUUGUCGACCUUGGGCUACAAGUAUGUCACGCCGUUUCUGAAGUCCAAGCUGAAAAUCCAUGACACAUGCGGUGUUAACAAUCUUCACGGCAUGCCAGCAAUCAUGGCUGGUUUGGCUGGAGCUAUAACUGUAGCCAUGGCAGACACAGACACUUAUGGUUAUACAUUGUAUCGACAGUUUCCUGCAAUGGCGCCGGAAGAAUCAACACAAGAGCUAGCAGAACUGAACAAAGUUCAUCAAAUCGAGGCCGGGCAAGGGAGAUCAGCAAAGGAGCAGGCUGUCUUCCAGCUUAUCGCCCUGGUGGUCACCCUUGGUUUCGCUUUAGUUGGCGGUCUGUUUGUCGGUCUCCUUUUGAAAUACUGCCAAUUCCUGGGCCAGCCAUCAGGAGAUAAAUUCUUUGAUGACAGUCUGUCAUGGCAUGUCCCGCCUGAGAGUAACAGCGAAGCAUCGCUAGACGGACACGGCGCCAACAGCUCGGCCAGCAAGGCAGACACCAGCAGAUCCGUCUUGUUCUCUGGACACGUGGACAAGGGAGACAUGACACUGGAAGAGAGCGCCUUCCUGAGCGAUGACAAAGUGUAGACUUAAACACACACACACACACGAUAUUCAUCACUUCCAGGUUUCUUCUUGUUUGUCGGCAAUUCUACAACAACAGUUGUGUUGUACUAAUAUGCAUGUUGAUGUGUUGUAUAUAGUUGACAUACGUAUUAGGAUUCUCAGGAGUUGACUGAGUGCGUUAUACUGUUGGUAGUAGACUUAUGUCGCAGUAUUCUAUAUUCUCUGACAUGACAAAUAACUAUAAAUAGCUGUUUAUGAUUAUCCGGUUUUCAAAAUAUUGGGAAGUGUUAAUAAGUAUUUGUCUUUAAUGAUAGAUGUGAUCAUUUUUUGUGCAUUUUGGGCUAAAAACUAAAUCUAAAUAUUUGAAGCGAUGAGACGACGGCCAUGAUUAAUAUUAUGGAAACCGUCAAAAACAACAAAAAAUAGAUCUUGAUCACAGACCUAUAUAUAUAUACUCUGUGUCUAUGCUUCGGAGAACUCCAAUCUUGUAGUUUGUUUUUAAUUUUCAAAACUAAAGAUCAUGCGACUUUCCAGAUUUAAUAAAAGCACUUGUAACAGAAAUACCAUGUUUUCAAGUUACAGGAAAUUAAUUUGAUCUCCCAGUCUAGAUCUAUAUAUUUUAUUUCUAUAGUCUGAACUCUUCCAUUUGUAGCACAAAAUACUAUCAAUAUAGAAUAAGUAUUAGAGGUUCGCUUGAUGACAGUCUCGCAGUUAAAAAACGUAUUUAAAAACCAAUGAACAACUAACUAGUGGUAAUUGGGCAGACUUGAUAUGAGGAUAAACUGGGGGUUUUAUUUGGAGAUAAUUAGAUGAUAUUUUAAACAUUUCCUUUUAUUGUAUCCAUUUCUUUGAAACCUCUCCAAAGUCAUCCUCUUUUCAUUUUCUUACACUAUAUCGCCCCCACAUUUGUCUAGAUCGCUUUCAUUUCUUUUUCAGUAUUACUGUAUCUUAUUUCCUGAAGGAUUUUGUGUUGAUCUUAAGUAUUGAAAUGUAAAUGAAGGAGCGUACUACCGAGUGUCCACUGUAUUUAGCAAUGUGAAAUAUUGAUGAACAUUAUGCUUUGGUAAUGAAGCUUUAAUAGAGCUGUUCAUGUGUUUCAAUAAGGGCGAUGGUUAUUCGUAAACUGCGAGAUACAACUUAUAGUAAACUGUUGAAAACUAUGGUAGUUGGUUGGGCUAUGAAUUUAAAGUAGCCUACACAUUCAAUGCAGCGAUUCACAUGCAGCAGUUUCUUUUGUAAAUGUUAUAUCAUCUUUAGAAAGAAACAAAUGUUCAUCACCUCAUCUGUUGCUCUUUCAUUAUUAUUUUUUUAUUAUUUUUUUUUUGCAUUUAGUAGGCAAAUAAAAAGUUGAAGUUCUAAUGCAAAAAAAAAAAGACUAAUCAACAUGCAAGACUUGACUAACACAUGAUAUGCGUAAGACGUAGCUUUCUCCAGUUUAUGAAGGAACGUCUGUAAUGACAAGAACUAAGACUAAGACUAGAAUUUAGUACUAAGACUGCUAUAUAGAUCCUACUGGAAUUAGUACUAAGACUGCUAUAUAGAUCCUACUGGAAUUAGUACUAAGACUGCUAUAUAGAUCGUACUGGAAUUAGUACUAAGACUGCUAUAUAGAUCGUACUGGAAUUAGUACUAAGACUGCUAUAUAGAUCCUACUGGAAUUAGUACUAAGACUGCUAUAUAGAUCCUACUGGAAUUAGUACUAAGACUGCUAUAUAGAUCCUACUGGAAUUAGUACUAAGACUGCUAUAUAGAUCCUACUGGAAUUAGUACUAAGACUGCUAUAUAGAUCCUACUGGAAUUAGUACUAAGACUGCUAUAUAGAUCCUACUGGAAUUAGUACUAAGACUGCUAUAUAGAUCCUACUGGAAUUAGUACUAAGACUGCUAUAUAGAUCCUACUGGAAUUAGUACUAAGACUGCUAUAUAGAUCCUACUGGAAUUAGUACUUAGACUGCUAUAUAGAUCCUACUGGAAUUAGUACUAAGACUGCUAUAUAGAUCCUACUGGAAUUAGUACUAAGACUGCUAUAUAGAUCCUACUGGAAAUCUAUUGGUAAUCUGUGAUUACAAGUACUUUUUGUUCAGUUUAAAAUUAAAGAAGAUACAACAAAGAGGUAUUCUAAUGAAUCGCAUAAUGAAUCACGAUAUCAAUCUGACAUGUUUGGUUUAACUGCAUGUUAUUUUCAGCUGGAGAUAAGAUGUCAAAGCAAAAAAAAAGUAAACGCCGUGAAAGUUUGAUUAGGACACAGUUAGGGACUUUACAUUUCCGACAUGCUUGUUCCAAACUGUAUAACCUCAGAAAAAAAACACUAUAGAACUGAGUCUCUGUGGUUUUAUUAUCCACCAACAAAGUCUACCUUAAACGCUAUAAAAAUCUACUUCGUUUUUUGUUAAAUACCAACAAAGUCUUGUCAUGUUGCUAGGAACAUUGGCUGAGUCAAUUUGCCAUUGAACUAUCGAAGUAUAGAGUCAAGCUACGAAACCAAGCAACAUUUGACUAAUAGUAUAAUUACCAUGUAUGGGUUGAAUUGUUUAAUUUGAAGAAUGAACAAAAUAAUCUCUAGUCAUAAUCUAUAACCUACAUUAUAUACAUAUAACACUAUAACUACAUUACAAUUGUUCUCUAUAAAGAAUGUACACUAUUGCUAAAGAUGAAUUGAAGAUUUUAAUCAAUCAUUUGGUCUAGAAAAGAAAAACAAUGGAUACAUUUGUAAAAAAUCAAUUCCUUAUUUAUGUUCAAUCAAAAUCGGGUCUAAUCGUAUCGGAUGGGAUCGUCGUUGGAAAAAAAUUGAUUAGUCUGCUGAAAAUCAAGACAUUCGCGUUUUUUUUUGGUGCGUUGCUCUAUAGACUUUUGCAUGUAUUGUGGCCUUCGGUUUUAAGUGGUCAGAAAAUACCCCAUUACCGGAUAGAUCUGUCCCAAAACUCUGCCAGUUUUUUGAGAAUUUCCAUACUUCCAACUUCGACCAACAAGUUUCUUCUUUCCAAUCCCAAUAAAACAGACUGUACUUGAAUGGGAAGAAUAGCCUACAACAUUUCAAAAUUUGAUGGCUGAAAAUGUAAAAUAAGGUCAUCAAGAAAAUGUCAAUGAUAUGUUCAUUUU